AGACAUCACAUUUCCCUCUGUACUUUUCCUCCACCCGUCUCUGACAUAUUAAUUAGACGCGAGCAGACUCAAAAAGAUAACCACCACCUUCUCUCCGCCUCCGUCGCCUUCUUCUUCCUCUUCCUUCUCCGCUCUCUCUGACAUCCAUGGCUACGAGCUCCUCAAAGCAAGCCGCAAUGGAGAUCGACGCCACCGGAUCACUUGCCAUCACCGUCGAGAGGAACCCUCCCGAGGCGCGACUAUUAGAGCUUGGCAUCAAGUCAUGGCCCAAGUGGGGUUGUCCGCCGGGAAAGUUCCCUCUCAAAUUUGAUGCACAGGAGACAUGCUAUCUUCUCAAGGGCAGGGUAAAGGCCUCCGUGAAGGGUUCUUCCGAGUGCGUGGAGUUCGGCGCCAGAGACCUCGUCAUCUUCCCCAAGGGACUCAGUUGCACCUGGGACGUCUCCGUUGCCGUCGAUAAGCACUACAAAUUCGAUUCAUCUUCUUCGUAACGCUCUCCCAGUCUGUUCAUCUUCUUCUUGUUCUUCUGUAUCACCAGUUGGGAGGAGUUUAGGGUUGUUAAGCUUUUCCAGUCAAAACAUGUUAUCAGUCAAUGCAGGGCCCAUUCAAAGUGAUCCUAUUUGUACUUUUGAAUGAGCUUUAAAUGCUUCUUUGACUACCACCACCUUCCCCUCCGUGUCCGAAGGGAUAACUUGUGUCUUUAAUCCUUUCGACUUUAGUGACAUCUAAGCAUAUAACUGGAUGAUGAUGAUGAUGAUGAUGAUGAUGAUGUUUGAACACUUCCCUUUUGUUA